AAAACAAAGAACCAGAUCCCACGUCCCUCCAGCAUUUGCAAGAUGAUGAAGAGAAGAAGAAUUGCCCAGCAACAUCUGGAGCAACCUGGGCAGGAGCUCAUAACCAAAAAAGAAAACAGAGAAUUGAAAAUCCAAGUGGGCAGGAGUGGAGAUCACGUGAAAGAACUCACGCAACGGAGAAACCACAUAAACGCAUAUAAUCUCAGUAGACAUCAUAUAACUCACAAAGGGAAGGAACUGUAUCCAUGUUUGGAAUGCGGAAAGAGCUACAAUCGGAGUGGUACCCUGAGGUUACAUCAAAGGACUCACACUGGGGAUAAACCACAUAAAUGCAUAGAAUGUGGAAAGAGCUUUAGUCAGAGUAGUCACCUUAGGUCACAUCAAAGGGCUCACACUGGGGAGGAACCACAUAAAUGUAUGGAAUGUGGAAAGACCUUCAUUCACAGUGCUGCACUUAGGUUACAUCAAAGGACUCACACUGGGGAGAAACCACAUAAAUGUAUGGAAUGUGGAAAAAGCUUUAGUCAGAGCAUUAAUCUUAGAACACAUCAAAGGACUCACACUGGGGAGAAACCACAUAAAUGCAUGGAAUGUGGAAAAAGCUUUAGUCAGAGCGUUAAUCUAAGAAGACAUCAAAGGACUCAUACUGGAGAGAAACCACAUAAAUGCAUGGAAUGUGGAAAGAGAGAGGAGGGAGAAUUCCAUGGAGCCCUACAGACAACAUAUGACCCGUCAGAGAACAUAUGGUCCCUGUGA